AGGGACGCCGCGCGGGCCGGGCCGCGCCGCCCCGCCCCGGGCGGCCGUGGGCGGGGCUGGGCGGGCGCCGUGAGUCAGUGCCCGGUAAACAUUGGCGUGAGCCGCCGGCCCCGCCGUGCUGGCGGCGCCCUGAGGGCGGCGGGGGCCGGGGCCGGGGCCAUGGACGAGCUCAAGCACCAGGUGAUGAUCAAUCAGUUCGUGCUGGCGGCCGGAUGCGCCGCCGACCAGGCCAAGCAGCUGCUGCAGGCGGCCCACUGGCAGUUCGAGACUGCCCUCAGUGCUUUUUUCCAAGAAACAAACAUCCCCUACAGCCACCACCAUCAGAUGAUGUGCACUCCUGCCAACACGCCGGCCACGCCGCCCAACUUCCCCGAUGCCCUCACCAUGUUCUCCCGCCUCAAGGCUUCCGAAAGCUUCAACAGCAGUAGCCCCGUGGCCUCCAUGGCGACUUCCCCGCCGCCCCCGGCCCCGCCGCUGCCCCAGCACGGGGCCUUCAACCCCGCCUGGCCCACGGCCUCGCCGCCCGGGCAGCAGCAGAGCAUGUGGACUCCGGCCGCGCCGGCGCAGCCCGCGGGCUGGCCAGCCGCCGUCUCCCAGCAGGCCAGCGCAGAACAGAAGGCCAACGUGACCAUGGAGGCAGAGAGAUGAGGCCGCGGCGGAGAGCGGACGCGGCGGGGAGCCCUGCGUAUAAAUAUAUAUUUUUUUUUUCUCCCCCCCCUCCCCAAAGAGGAGAGGAACUCUGCUGCCAGCGCGUCUGGCGGCCACCGAGACACAUGAGCAAAUAGCUGCCUUGCAUGGGUUUGGUUUGAAGUAGUUUUUACUUGUUCUCGAGCUGAAUGGAGCUCCCCAGAGACAGCGGGAGGCUGCGUGCGACCGGUGCUGGCCUCUGCCUGGGACCCUGACGCUGCCAGACUCUUGGGGAGAGAGCACCCCCUCCUCUCUUGGGACACCGGAGUUUGCAUGCCAGUGACAUUUAUGGAGGAGGUCCCUUCCUCAGGGUCCCCUGGGCCACCCCACCGGGCAGAGUGGGUUGUGCCUGAGUGUUUCCCCCCAUCCCUUGGCCCCGAUCAACUGGGUGGGGGGCAGACACCCCAUGAGGUUUGUUUUUUGUAAGGGGUGGAGAGAGCAAGGGCUGUUCCUGCACCACCACAGUCUCCACCCCACACACACCGUCCUCACUGGUGAGCAGGGCUGGGGGACACCGGCUCUUGGGGAGGUGUCUGGCCCCUCGCCCAGCCCCAAAUGGGGAGCAGGGGAUGAGCACUGGUAGUUCAGCUGGGCCAGCACACCCUCCCCUCAACCUCCCAGGAUGGGGUUUGCCCCAGGGCUGUUUUGCAUGACACAGUGUAACCCUAGAGACUGGGAUCGUUUUUAACCCCUCUGUUCUUUUCUCCCGGCGGCUGGAAGUCUCUCCGGAUGCGCCGCAGCCGCUUGCAAUACACGCUCUUCUGCUUUGAA